AUGCGGUACAUGGCAAUGAGAAUGGAGGUGGAAGCCAAGAUUCGAGCUUCAUCAUCUCCCAUCACGGAAUGCGACUUAAGCCGAGCUCUUGCCCACUCCCGUUUGGCGGUUCAGUUUGCAACAAAAGGUAAACAGACUGAGUUAUCGCUUUCCGAUGUUGGUGGAAUGGAAUUGGAAAAGCGCACACUUAUCGAAGUGCUUAUGUGGCCUAUGAAGACACAGGAAGUCACACAAAGAAAACGCUACAAACCCGAAAAAAGAUCAAUCAGUAGCAAAAGACAAUUAGAGACUGUGGCAAGGUGCGUUAAGCAUACAAAGGUGUUUGAUGCCUACGGGAUUCAUCUCGGAAAUGCGGUUCUGUUGCAUGGGCCAAGUGGGUGUGGAAAAACGCAUUUGGCCAAAGCAAUCGUAACUCAUUUUGGACUCAAAUCCAUUUUUAUCAAGUUACUGAACAAAGUUGCCAAUGAUGGCAAGACUUUCGACUCAACCUAA